GCUCAGCCCACCGCGUACGCAAUCUCUCCUUCCUCUGUUCAUCCACGCGUCCUCCAAUACCUGAGCUAUGUUCUUGACAAGAUCCGAGUACGACCGUGGUGUUAACACCUUCUCUCCCGAGGGACGGCUGUUCCAAGUGGAGUAUGCAAUUGAAGCAAUCAAGUUGGGCUCAACCACUGUCGGCGUCAAGACACCCGAGGGCGUCGUGCUUGCGGUAGAAAAGCGCGUACAGUCACCACUUCUUGAGUCUUCCUCCAUCGAGAAGAUCAUGGAGAUUGAUGCACAUCUUGGUUGUGCGAUGUCCGGCCUCACCGCCGAUGCACGCACAAUGAUCGACCAUGCCCGCGUAACAUCCCAGAACCACGCCUUCACCUACGACGAGCGCAUAAAGGUGGAGAGUGUGACACAGGCUGUGUGCGAUCUCGCUCUGCGCUUUGGAGAGAGUGUGCACGACGAGGAUGCCAUGAUGAGUCGACCAUUCGGUGUUGCCCUCCUCAUCGCGGGGAUUGAUGAAUUGGGGCCUCAGCUAUUCCAUACUGACCCGUCGGGUACCUCUGUGCGAUACGAGGCAAAAGCCAUUGGUUCAGGGUCAGAAGCCGCACAAACUGAACUGCAGGACAAAUGGCAUAGCCAAAUGACCCUGCGAGAAGCUCAGAUCCUGACACUUCGGGUGCUGAAACAAGUCAUGGAGGAGAAGCUGGACCACCACAACGUUCAACUCGCACAGGUCACGCCGCAGGCAGGAUUCGAAAUUCUUGACGAAGUCAGGCUAAAGGAGAUUGUCGAUGCUAUGUAACAACAGGGACUUUACUGUCGCGUUUCUCUGAUCUACCAGAUUCUCUGCACCAGCGAAGUUCGAAGUCUGACUUGCGC